CUCCCUCUUCCUCCUCCUCCUCCUCCUCCUCCCCCCCGCCCCCUCCGCGCCCCGCGGCGCUCGCAGUCUUCCUUAGUUACCCAGAGAAAACACUACGUGCCCCAUAAGAACACUGCCGCAUUGCAAGCCAACCCGAUGGCGUCCUCUACUGCUGUGCCUGUAGGAUUUCACUAUGAAACAAAAUACGUAGUUCUCAGCUACCUGGGACUUUUAUCACAAGAGAAGCCACAGGAGCAUCCUCCUCCUUCAACUCAAGGGACUCAACAACAGCUUAUGGCACAACAUGCUUCGGAGAAAGAGGCUUUGGAGAAGAUUAAAAUAGAAAUCGAGGAGGAGCUAAAACGUCUUGAUGAAGAAAUCUUGGAAGCAUUUACCACUACAGGAUUUGACUGCCACACUUCCCCAGUGUUCAGUCCUGCCAAUCCAGAGAGCUCAAUAGAAGACUGCCUGGCUCAUUUAGGGGAGAAAGUGUCCCAGGAAUUGAAAGAACAUCUGCACAAAGCACUGCAGAGCUUGCUUAGCAAGCCGGUGACAUAUCAAGAAUAUCGAGAGCGCACACAAGAGACAGCUGCUCAUGCCAGUGGAUGGAACAAGGUCUUGGUACCUCUGGUUCUGCUACAACAAUUUCUGAUGGAGUUAACCAGACGGGGCCAGGAACCACUGAGCGCACUUGUGAACUUUGGGGUGACGUAUCUAGAAGACUAUUCUGCAGACUAUAUCAUUCAACAAGGAGGAUGGGGGACGGUCUUUACUUUGGAAUCUGAAGAGGAAGAGUACCCCGGGCUCAUCGCAGAGGACAGUAAUGACAUCUACAUCCUGACCAGCGACAACUCGGGACAGGUGAGCCCCCCGGAGUCCCCCACGGUGACCACAUCGUGGCAGUCGGAGAGCCUGCCCGUCUCCCUGUCGGCGAGCCAGAGCUGGCACACGGAGAGCCUGCCGGUCUCCCUGGGACCCGAGUCCUGGCAGCAAGUGGCCAUGGAUCCUGAAGAAGUCAAAAGCCUGGACAGCAACGGAGGGGGUGAAGAAAGGAGUGAGAACAACUCUUCCAACUCAGAUAUUGUUCACGUGGAGAAGGAAGAGAUACCGGAGGGGAUUGAGGAAGCAGCGGUGUCAGCUGUUGCUGCAGAGACCAUGCAGGCAGCGUUUCCAGAAACCACUGCUUCUUUACAGGAAGUAAAACCUCAAGCUGAAAUUGCUGCUGUUGAAAAAGCACAUCCCUCCGCACUUCUGCGUACAAAACAGGAGGAAAAGGGAAAAGUGGCUGAAGAGCUUGUUGAACCUGAAACCCCCGUAUUAAGUAAACCUGUCCCAAAGUUAGCCCCAUCAGAAGAAAAGGCUGCACCAGAACCUGAGAAAAUACUGCUUCCAGGGGAAAAAAAAGUGGGGAAAGAGGGCCGUUUGGAAGAAAUAGAAGAGAAAUCCUCCGCUGCAGAGGAGAAGCCUAUCUUAUUGCCGGAAGGGAAAUCUAUAUUGCUGUACGGUGGGGCUGCUGCGGUAGCUAUAUUAGCUGUAGCAGUUGGAGUAGCGCUGGCGCUUAGAAAAAAGUAACAGAGCUCUCUUGAGGAGGAGGAGGGGGGAGAGAGAAGAGAGCACGAUCCAAUUUUUGUAGUUGUGUUACCUAAAGGUUGAGCUGCCUGCUGUUUAAUUGGACAUUUGAGUAACUUAAUGGUGAUGGGGUGAGGUCGUUCAAUAAGCCUCCAGCUAUGGACAAUCAUGUUUUUAGUAGAAUUGGGGCGGGGACUGGUUUUUCGUGAUUAAAGUACAGGGGUAUUUUUAAAAAAAAAAAAAUAAUAAAUUCUGCAAAUUUAAGAACUUAAGUGCAGGUGCUGAAGAAAGGGGUGCGCGUACUCUAGGAACUGGAACAGAGAAUCCCCAGGGGAAGGGGAGAGCCAGCUGCUGCCAACCCCUGGAGUUUUUGGCUUCUCAGACUGACCGCUAUUGCAGCUGUGCUGUCUUGUCACUUCCCCGUCGCGCCCCCGAGCCCUCCCUAACAAACCUUAGGCAACCUGAGUCCUGUAGCGAGAGGCUGGUCUCCCUUCUGUCUCCGCUUCCUCUCAGGUACAGCACUGCUCCUCGUAACCUUGCAGGUUCCUCCUAAGCCCCAGUGGGAGAGUGCUUAUUCUUACCUCUUUGCUCACACCGGUUUUGGCCCCUAACAUUUACUUGGAGCCCCAUCCUGUAAAGACGCUGCCUCUCUAUAGCUGUAUUAUCUCUGAGCAUCCUGGUGUUCCUGGGGGAGAG